ACCGAAUUACAAAGCCCAAAUGAGUUACCAUGAGCUCAGCGCGCGUCUGAACCAAAGAGCAGAAGCGGAUAACGGCACUUCCUUCACCUUCUCUCCCCUUCACCUGUGUCCCAUACUCACUCCCCAUUCACCACUCACCACUCACUACUCACUCACACUCAACGGCUUCCUUCAAAUUUGAAAACCCUAAGAGCGAAAGAAGAAGAAGAAGAUGCUAGUAUGUCCUAGCAGCUCCCUCCAUGGCCUCGCCACACUGCACCGCCAUUCCCAACCCGCUCACUUCCUCCUCUCCAACCCUUUCCUCUUCCCUCCUUCCUCUCGCUUCGCCGCUUCUCGCAAAUGCAGCUUCCCUUCUCUAUUUUCCGGCAAGAACCGUCACCGCUUCCGCGUUAGAGUUUCCACCGAUUCAUCGGAGGUUUCGGAGUCCGUCGUCGGCGACGCUGCUGGCCCGCACAUUCCGCUGCAACCUUAUUCCGUGAAGAUUCCUGUUGGUGAUAGACAUAUUUUGGUUGAGACUGGUCAUAUAGGAAGACAAGCAAGUGGCUCUGUUACAGUUACGGACGGAGAGACUAUUGUUUACACAACUGUUUGCUUGGAUGAUGUUCCCAGUGAACCAUCUGAUUUUUUCCCUCUUUCUGUUAAUUAUCAAGAGCGUUUUUCAGCAGCUGGUCGCACUAGUGGUGGUUUUUUUAAGCGAGAAGGAAAGGCAAAGGAUCAUGAGGUUCUUAUUUGUAGAUUGAUUGAUAGGCCUCUACGUCCUACAAUGCCUAAGGGCUUCUAUCAUGAAACUCAAAUAUUAUCUUGGGUUUUAAGCUAUGAUGGGUUGCACUCCCCUGAUUCUUUGGCUGUCACUGCAGCUGGUAUAGCAGUUGCACUUUCAGAAGUGCCCAUGUCAAAAGCAGUUGCAGGAGUUCGUGUUGGUCUAGUUGGUGAUAAGUAUAUAGUAAAUCCUACAACUGAGGAGAUGGAAAACUCAGAGUUGGACCUCUUGCUUGCUGGCACAGAUAGUGCAGUAUUGAUGAUAGAGGGUUAUAGCAAUUUUCUUCCAGAAGAGAAGUUACUUAAAGCCGUAGAAGUUGGUCAGGAUGCAGUGCGAGCAAUCUGUAAUGAAGUAGAGACUUUGGUUAAGAAGUGUGGGAAACCGAAGAUGUUGGAUGCCAUCAUGUUGCCUCCUCCUGAGCUUUAUAAACAUGUUGAAGAAAUUGCUGGUGAUGAGUUGGUGAAGGUUCUUCAAAUUAGAAACAAAAUACCAAGAAGGAAAGCCCUUUCAUCAUUAGAAGACAAGGUUCUGAAGAUACUUACAGAAAACGGGUUUGUUACAAAUGAUUCAACACUGAGGAGUAAUUCUGAAACCAUUGCGGAGAUUCUUGAGGAGGAGGAUGAAGAUGAGGAAGUAAUUGUUGAUGGGGAAGUUGACGAAGGUGAUGUUCAUAUAAAGCCAACACCACGCAAACCAGCCCCUUUAUUUUUAGAGGUAGAUGUGAAGUUGGUAUUUAAAGAAGUUACGUCCAAGUUUUUGAGGAAGCGCAUAGUAGAGGGUGGGAAAAGGAGUGAUGGGCGAACACCAGAAGGAAUACGCCCAAUCAACUCUAGAUGUGGCCUAUUACCUAGGGCUCAUGGAAGUACUCUCUUUACAAGAGGCGAGACGCAGUCCCUAGCAGUUGUUACCCUUGGAGAUAAACAAAUGGCGCAAAGAAUAGACAAUCUUGACGGUGUUGAUGAAUUCAAGAGGUUCUAUCUGCAGUAUUCAUUUCCUCCUUCAUGUGUUGGGGAAGUUGGCCGGAUUGGUGCCCCAAGUAGAAGAGAAAUUGGUCAUGGGAUGCUCGCUGAGAGAUCCCUUGAACCAAUUUUACCUUCCGAAGAUGAUUUCCCUUACACCAUACGUGUUGAGAGUACUAUCACAGAAAGUAAUGGCUCUUCAAGCAUGGCUUCUGUUUGUGGUGGCUGCUUAGCAUUACAAGAUGCUGGGGUUCCUAUUAAGUGCCCAAUUGCUGGAAUUGCGAUGGGUAUGGUACUGGACACCAAGGAAUUUGGUGGAGAUGGAACUCCGCUCAUUCUGUCUGACAUAACUGGAUCAGAAGAUGCAUCUGGAGAUAUGGAUUUUAAGGUUGCUGGAACUGAAGAAGGCGUAACUGCAUUCCAAAUGGACAUCAAGGUGGGUGGAAUUACUUUGCCCAUCAUGAGAAAGGCACUCCUACAAGCACGAGAUGGCAGGAAGCAUAUACUUGGAGCGAUGAUGAAUUCCUCGCCCCCUCCAACCAAAAGACUUUCCAAGCAUGCUCCUUUGAUUCAUGUUAUGAAGGUCAAACCUGAUAGGAUAAAUCUUAUAAUUGGUUCUGGUGGGAAAAAAGUGAAGAGCAUUAUUGAGGAAUGUGGUGUAGAAGCCAUCGAUACAGAAGAUAAUGGCACUGUGAAAAUAUUUGCAAAAGAUUUGUCUAGUUUAGAGAGGUCUAAAGCUAUUAUUAGUAAUUUGACGAUGGUUCCAACAAUUGGUGAUAUAUAUAGGAACUGUGAAAUCAAAUCAAUAGCACCAUAUGGAGUUUUUGUAGAGAUAGCACCUGGACGAGAGGGACUUUGUCAUAUCAGUGAAUUGAGUUCAGGUUGGCUACCCAAGGCAGAAGAUGUUUUCAAAGUGGGAGAUCGUAUUGAUGUAAAGCUUAUAGAGAUAAAUGAUAAGGGGCAGCUGCGCCUUAGUCACCGAGCUCUUCUUCCAGAUACGGAUCCAGACAGCUCAAAUGCUAAACAGUCUACUGGCAAACUCACUGAGGAUGGUUUAGCGGAAGAGAAGGUUGAACAAUCUAAGGAUAAGUCUAGCACUCCCAAAGUUACAACCUCUUCUAAAAGGAGUUCAGAGGACGAUUCUUUACUUCCAUCAAAAAAGUUUGUCAGGAGAUUGGUAAACUCAUCCCAGGAUAAGCCUUUCACUAACAAAGACAAGACAAAGAAGAGUAACAACAAAACAGUUGGUAGUGUCUCCAGCAAAGAUGAAAAUAGUUUGGUUAGUGGAGAGGCAUAAAAGUGCGCCAAAAUAUUUUCAAGUAAAGCGGAAAAUAGUGAUGCUAUGAGAAAAAUUUUGGUUUCAUAUACACAAAAAGGCUGUGGUUGGUAGCGCUUACAAUCUACACAUGAAUGUGAAGAUCUUUUGAUACAUGCUGGUGCCUGAACUGGAAAAUAGAAACCCAUGUGACUCUUGUGUCUUUACAAGGCAGAUAACUUUGUUUAAGCAAGAAAGGUGAAAGAGCUUACUAUCCAACUCUCCUUUUGUAUAGUCCAUAUCUGACUGCAACGCUUCAGAUGUUUGCAUGGGAUGAUGAAUACACCAUGGAAAUUUUGUCUGUGUUUCUUCUCCCGAUGAUACCUCUUUGUCUUCGAUCUGUUGUUAUAUGCUUCAUAGUUUUUUCUUAGGUUAUUAUUUACUAUGAUGCUUCCCUCCUGUGGUUAGCUCUAGUUACGGAGGUAUCAAAUGUAAAUCUUAGUACAACAGUACAAGGUCGCUUUGUAUUUAGUGUCUUUUUUAACAAUUAAAAUUAUGAUGUUUGUUAUACUCCAAAUUGCAAGUUUUGGCGUGCAACCUCAUUGGUAGUAAUCUCGUUAAUAGUGCUGCUAUUUCGUGACAUUAAUAUCCUUUGUAAGACUCGUGCACGAACUUAGAACUCAAUGGAUCACUUCGAAGAUAUUCUGAU